AUGAGUCUUCUUACAGAUCUCAUUAACCUUGACCUCUCAGACACCACUGAGAAAAUCAUAGCUGAGAUCGGUGGUUCUGGAAUUGACAUGAGAAGCAAAGCCAGGACUCACCCUGGACCCGUGACCGAUCCAUCAAAGCUCCCGAAGUGGAACUACGAUGGUUCAAGCACCGGUCAAGCACCUGGUCAAGACAGUGAAGUGAUCCUAUACCCUCAAGCGAUUUUCAAAGAUCCGUUCCGUAGAGGCAACAACAUUCUUGUCAUGUGUGAUGCUUACACUCCUGCCGGUGAUCCAAUCCCAACGAACAAGAGACAUGCUGCUGCUGAGAUCUUUAGCAACCCUGGUGUUGUAGCUGAAGUGCCAUGGUAUGGAAUUGAACAAGAAUACACUUUGUUACAAAAGGAUGUGAAGUGGCCAGUUGGAUGGCCCAUCGGUGGCUUCCCCGGGCCUCAGGGACCAUACUAUUGCAGUAUUGGAGCUGACAAAUCUUUUGGGAGAGACAUUGUUGAUUCUCACUACAAGGCCUGUUUAUAUGCCGGAAUCAACAUCAGUGGGAUCAAUGGAGAAGUCAUGCCGGGUCAGUGGGAGUUCCAAGUCGGACCAUCUGUUGGUAUCUCGGCUGCUGAUGAAAUAUGGAUCGCUCGUUACAUUUUGGAGAGGAUCACAGAGAUUGCUGGUGUGGUUGUAUCUUUUGACCCAAAACCGAUCCCAGGUGAUUGGAACGGAGCUGGUGCUCACACCAAUUACAGUACUAAAUCGAUGAGAGAGGAAGGAGGAUACGAAAUAAUCAAGAAGGCAAUCGAGAAGCUCGGACUGAGACACAAGGAGCACAUUUCUGCUUACGGUGAAGGCAACGAGCGCCGUCUCACAGGACACCAUGAAACUGCUGAUAUCAACACUUUCCUCUGGGGUGUUGCAAACCGUGGAGCAUCGAUCCGUGUAGGACGUGACACGGAGAAAGAAGGGAAAGGAUACUUUGAGGAUAGGAGGCCAGCUUCUAACAUGGACCCUUACACUGUUACUUCCAUGAUUGCAGAGACUACACUCCUCUGGAAUCCUUGA